ACUCACGCUGAGCUCAUGCACAUCUGUAACAUGGUGCGAAGACGAUGGCGUGUUGUCCUGAGCCACCGUGACGGCGACCCAUAAUGCCACGCCGCCGGCGCGUUCGAGUGCGGACCGAUCGCAGUGACGGCGCCGGCGGCGGAGGCAGCGGCCCUGGAGGUGUCGCUGGCUCUGUGGCGUACCGCGUCCAGCGUGCCGCUAUCGGUGCAGCUGCUGCGGGCCGGGGAGCACCCCUUGCUAUUCCGACCUCAGCAGCAGGCCUGCUGAUGAACGGCCUCCGAACCGCCAGCGGAGGCGGAGGUGGAGGCGGAGGCGGAGGACCCGUUUGUUCGGCUGUUGAGGAGCCCUCAUCAACAGAUGCCAUUCGGUCGUGGGCGCAACGGAACCCGCGUGUCUCGGUGACGGGGCGCCCUCGCAGGCAGCCGCAGGACACGCCGUUGCCGCAGCAGCUUGACGCGACUGCAGCUGCACCGGCUUUGGCCAACAUUUCUUUAGUAAGCGGCGACGCCUUCUCGCCAUCUGUCACGGCGGCGGAGACGCAGCAGGCACGGCGCUAUGGCAGCAGCGCGGUCGAUUCUGUGCCGGAUAUGGCGCCCUGGCAAGACACGGGGGGUGGCUCGGCAGCCGCUGCCGCCACAAUUGUCACGUGUGGCACGCAGCGGCGGAUGUCCACUGCUGCUACUUUUGCUGAUGGAGACGAAGAGCUCUUCAGCGGCGCCAUCUUCACUGCCGACAGGAGUGCUCCACUGCUUUUGUUCUCGGGGACAGCGGGCGAGGACGACAGUCACGUCCGGGGGGCUGCCGCGCAACAGGGUGGCAGUGGCACGGCGCCGCCUGCAGCCACGGACAGCUUCCAACUCGGCCGUCACGGCGGUGGCGGCGAUAUGCUUCUCGGCGACAGCAGCAGUGCCCCCGUGCCUACACCCAUUCCGCCUGGCGUCCAGCCGCCUUGGCCACCGUGCCCUCCACAGCCGCCGCACACAUCGCAGCCACGGGACCUGGAUGUGUGGCAGCCGCAGCUGCGGCCCUCGCCAUACCCACAGGUGAUGCCACUGCAGGAGCAACAGGAGGCAGCAGAGCAGCAGCAGCAGCGCCAGCAGAAUCAGGCCGGCCCUUCGUGGCAGCAGCAAUGCCUCCCGGCGCCUCGUCCGGUCCAACUGCUGGCAGGGCCUGGCGGCGCCCCCUCGACUGCCACAUCAUCGUCCAAACCGCCGCCCUCAGCCGCUGGCCUAGGAGACCAACAGCCGCCUUUCGGGGCGUACUUGGUGAGCGUGUGCAGCGGGUCCAGCACACGAGGCUGCGCAACAGCCACCGGCGGCAGCAGCAGGUCAGCCGCUACAGCCGCCUUAGUCAGCGUGUCCGGCACCCAGCAGCACGCCGCCAACAACAUCAGCAGCGGCUGCAGCCGCAGGCACCGGCUAGUCGCCAUGACGUGUCCCAACAGCAGCGGCAGCCUGCCAGUGCCGACCAGCGGCACCACGCCAUCCUCCGCUGAGAUACCGCACCUCGCCACCUUCGCGUCAUGGGAUCGCAUCCGCCGCAGCAGCACGAACUUCAUGCUGGCCGUGGCGGCUCACAGCAGCGGCGACAGGAACGCAAUCGUCAUUCCGCCGGCACCAGUGGCAGCAACAGCAUUGCCGCCGCCACAGCAGCAGCAGCAGACGCUGCCGCCGCCGUCAUUGGCCACAGACGCGGUUUUGGACCCGCGGCGGCUGUCCUUGUGCAGCGGCAGUAGCCGAGACAGGAGCAGUGGCGCCCACAGCCACCUGCUACUGCCUCCUGACUCGACUCGCUCGGCUAGCCUGCGGUCUACGGGCGGGGGAUUCGAGCUGCCGCAGCUGCUGCCGCCGCCAUCCAAUGUGGCACGCCCGACGCCAGUUGGCGUGACGUCAGCUGCGGCUCUGGCGGCUGCGGCGGACGAUUUGCUGCUGGCGGCGGUCCGGAGAGACGCGUCGGUUGGCGGCGGUGGGGCACCUGCCCCUGCCACGGACGUAACUGCGGCAGCAGAGGGCUUUGCAGCCGGCACCGCGGCUGCUGGUCCGCUGGAUUCCACAUCAGGAGGCGCCUUGUCUGCCGCCACAGGCACCAGUGACGAGGCAAGGCGCUGUGACGACGGCGGCCGGCUGCCGUCGGCCCACACGGUGCCUGACGUGCUACUACUGGCGCCCAGUCGCGCCGCGCCGCCCGCCCCCUACUGGGCGGUGACGACCCUGCCUCGAAGCGCGGGCGGCGGCAGCAGCAGGAGUGGCGGCGACGGCGGCGCCGAAGGCGCUCGCGGCGGCAUGGCGGCGGCAGCGUCGGCGGCCGCGGGCAUGCGCCACCAGCCGCCUCGGCCCUCGGCCACUAUGGCAACGGUGGGGAAGCAGCAGCAAGUGUUAGAGCAGCAGCCGCAGCCGCAGCCACUGAAUCAACAGCUACAACACAACACGCCAGUUUACGUUAGUGGCACUCCCAGUGGCGGCUCAAGCCGUGCCUCUCUCUGGGUGGCGUCCGCCCCCCGGGCUCCCCCUGUGAAACAUGCGACACAUAGCUUCUACGCAGCAACAGCAGCGCCCAGACGGUCGCCCAGUGCGAGCCUGCGCCCCAGCAACCGGCCACAGGAGAGAUCAUCGACAGCAUCCGCAGCCGCUGCAGCGACUGCAGCUGCAACUGCUGCAGCUUCUGAAACUGCGGAUGCGAGCGGCGAGGAGUCUUCUUUGUCGGCCGCAUUCGGCGGCGGCGGUAUGCACGGGGCCAUCGCCCGGAGCUUCAUGAUGGGCAGUAGUGAUGUGUACGGCGGUGGAUGUGAAUCCACCAUACAGCUGGUACAGCGACUCAUGCCGCUGCCGCAGCAGCCGCCACAGCAGCAGCGGCGGCUGCAGUCCCCAUCGCUACCCCCGGCUGACGGCGGUAGCAGCAUCUAUGCUGCCGGAGAUCCCCGAGGCAGGGGCGGUGGCGGCGGCGGCGGCGGCGGCGGCGGCGGCGGCAGUGGCGAAGGCCGGGAGGAAAGCAGCAUGGGAAAGGCGGCAGCCCGCCACGCCGCAGCCACGGCGGCGCACCGUGUGUCGUCCUUCUUCUUGCCCACCACCACUCCGACCGCCACCCACCGCAGCUCAGGGGUGCGGCUCACCGCAACACCCAUCAGCGCACUUGCUGCGGCGGAACGCCUGCCCUCCUCCGCACUACAAACAAGCAACACGCACGCCCCGGCGUCACCCACGUCAUACGUAGGCGUGGAAUGCCAUGAUGACAACGAUGCGGCUGAGCUGGCACGAGCGGUGGAUGAGGGCCGGCGGACGUACACCCGAGCGCACCGCACUGCGGCGGUGGUAGCCGCGGAGGCGGCGGACGUGCACGCAGUCAUGUCAGCGGUGCUGAGCGCGGCGGAAACCGGCAGUAAGGCGCUGCCAAAUAGCGUGGGGGUCGACCAGAUUGACAGCAGCAGCGGCCGGCUUGGGUCCAAGGUUUUCAGGGCCCUGCUGUCCAACGUCUCGAGUGUAGGCGCCAGUACGGCGGCGACGGCGCCGCUGGCCGGGCGCCUGCGGCUCUCAAACGAUUUCAGCGGCCAGCCGCAACGCGCAGAGCGGCGAACCCCCUUCAUCAGGCCGAGCUUCGUAGCUGGCUCAAGCAUUGAUGCCAGUAGCGGAGGGCGGCGAAGCAUGGGCGGUAGAUGGCGCUGGAAGCCGGCCGCUAUGGCCCUGCCAGUCCCAGUGGCGGAGUUUGCGUUGGGUGGUGAGAAGGGAGGAGAUGGGGGCGGACGGCAACUACACGCAGAGUCGCAGCCGCAGCAGCAGGAGCCGCAGGAGCCGCCCACCCGCUCACGCAUCCAGCGCCUGAGCCUGCGGCUACUGCCGUCGCAGUAUGUGGCGCAGUCACAGCAGUUGGGGCUGCCAGCGGCGUGGGCUAGCAGCAGCACGGGGAAGCGGAGCCGUGCGGCGGUUGAUUGCAGCAAGGCGGUGGGGGCGGAGGGGUUGGUGGAUGUGGAAGCCCCCGAAGCGGCUUCCACUGUUGUUGUUGGCGGUGACAUCAUGCCACAACAACAUGAUGAGGGCCCCUCCGGCUGCAACGGUGGAAUCGUAGCGGCAGCAAUGCCGCAGCGUGCCGCCAGCAGCGGCGCCGCAACUGCUGUGGUAGGUGCCGUCGAGGCGCCUAGCCCCUGGGGCACCGCCGCCGUUGCAUGCCUCUUUGGCGUAAUGCCGAGUCCGCAGGGCGGCCGUGCGGGUAUUCCCAGCGAGAUGCCAGCAAGCCCGGCGGCAGGGGCGGCGGCCCGGAGCAUGGGUGCUGCUGGCGUCGCCGGCGCAGGCGGCGACUGUGUCGAGCUUGGUGGCGCGUCAGAGACAUAUAGCAGCCAACAGGGCUCCUGCUAUUUGCGACACAGCAGCAAGCGGCAGGUCACGGCAACCAGCUUCCGGGCUGGGCUGGCGCAGAACGCCGUCAGCGGCGUCACUGACGCGGUGACUGGCAGCGGCGGCGGCGCGGCCACCGUGUGGCACUAUGUCGGGGACGACCGCAAUGAGGGCGGCUCCGAGGAAGAGGACGCGGGAGCCGCAGCCGCGGCGGUCCUUAGCGAUGGUGUGGAUGGCGGCGCCGGCGGCAUGUUGGGCGGUGGGGAGGUGAUGGGCGCGGCAGGCGAUGGCGAGGUCGCUGACGCGCGCUGGGCAGGCAGCGGCACAGGUGGCGGAGGUGGCUUGCUGGACGCGCUGCGUAUGCUGCGGACCCCAGCCUGCCUGCUCCUGGCCAUAAGCAACGGUUUCGUCACCGGCUGCACCCUGGUGUGCUUCAACAUGCUGCCCUCCUUCUACAACGAGUACUUUGGCUGCAGCCUGCUGGAGGCGGGGCUGGCGGCGGCGCCCUUCGGCUGCGCCGCCGCCGCGGCCCGGCUGUUGGGGCGCUGGGCCAGUGAGGCGGCGGCGAGGCGCUUCGGCAUGCGCGGCCGCCUGUGGCUGAUGUGGCUGCUGCAGGUGCUGGGGGGCGGGUGCUGUAUGGUCGUGGGCCUGGUCGCGCACCGCAGCCUCCCGGCCUGUGUGCUGCUGCUACUGGUCAUGGCGGCGGCGGUGCAGGGGGCGUGCGGCGUCCUCUACACCAUCACACCGUUCGUGUCGUUCCGCCACGCCGCCGCCGUCACGGCCGCAGUCAGCGCGGGCGGCUACGUGGGCGCCGUCGUGCUGCAGGCCGCCUGCUUCCUCGCCGUAGCUCCCGCAAUGGAGCACGGCUUCACAGCCAUGGGCGCCGCCACCACCGCCGGCAGCGCCGUGCUGUGCCUGCUGCGCUGGCCCGCAUGGGGCGGCAUGCUGCUCCCGCCCGCCGCCGCGGCCCUGCGGGGCGACCCAUGGGCCGAGGAGCGCUACUACGCGGCAGAGUGGAGCGAGCAGGAGCGGGCGGCGGGCCUGGCGACGGCGGCGGCGGCGGGAUUUGCGCUGGCGAGCAAGGCGGAGCGGCCGCGGGCACUGCGGCCGGCGGAGCUGGUGAUGGGCGCGGCGGGGUUUGCAAAGGGAGGGGAUGCGUGUGGUGAGGGCGGCAGUGAGGAGGACGGCGGUGGUGAGGAAGGCAGGUAGGGUACUUGAGUAGCUCAAGCCGGGCCCCCGGCACCAGGGUAAGGCAUGCAGCAACGUCACAAGCACGGUAGGAAAGGAAUGCACGAGUGGGGUAUCUGCAGAAGCGUACGUAUGCUUGCCGUAUGUACGUGGGUACUACAUGUCGGAUAUAUUGAUAGGCUCGGGAAUUGUGGACGUGCUUUGAGACGGAUGCCGCAUUGCUAUUUUGAUUGGACUUGGCUUACAUCACCCGCACAUGCGGGCCGCGUAGUGCUGCGGCCAUCACUGUCAAGUAACUGUGAGCAAAGCAGGUCCAUCUACGUUCAUGACCUUAAACCUUCUCAAGCCUAACAUUACCAUAUUAUUGUCCAAGUCUAUGGGUGUGCGAACGGCGAAGGAGUAUAUCGUAGCGUGAACAAGCGAUGCCAUACAUAACCUGUGCUUAUGUUAUUGUGCUUUCCCCUGCGAUGCAAGCGUGUGCUCCUAGCUAUGUAUUUGCUCAUAUGAUACGAUGGCUGGCAUCGCUGUGAUGUCGGAUAGGAUUCGGCAAAGCGAGUGAGGUAGGGUGAGGUGCGGUUGGCCUGCACCCUGGGGGCAAUGCUUAUGGGUUUACAACGGUUGUGGGGCUUGUGGGUUUGCAACGAUUACUACCGCAUUUGCGUAGUUAAAUACAAUGGAGUUCACAUCAGUAAUGUUGGACACAGUGUUGAUUGCAAUGCUUGCUUGGAUUUGGAUUUGAUUGCCAGGGCUGCGUGAGCGGCGGCAACAUGCGGGCGGUGAAAUAAAGGGCGGGCUGGUAUGGGUUGCGGCCAGGGGUCUCCCCUGGUUGCGGCUGACACGAGUGGUCCUGCUUGGCGUUGAUGAAGGGACACGUUCAGGCGGUGGACGUGAUCUGAGUUUUGACGCUUGCGGCGUGCUUAACGUGAAGCACCCACCUAGUGGGGGAGGGUGCGGUGUAGGCCUUGAGAGGGUUGAGGUGCACGCUAGUCGCAUCCGAUGGUUAGCUUGCGGUGACAUGCGCGUGACAAAUGAACAGAGCUCAUAUGACUUAGAGUGGAUUCUGAGCACGCAGCCGCCAUCAACUUGCAGUCACGUCGUGUCACUGCGUUUCCGGGUACCGUAUGGCUGAGGCGGCGGCAGAUGGAGGGCAGGCGGUGCGCUCGGACGGCACGUAGGGGCACGUUCAUUGCGCGUGACAGUGAGUUGUGCAGGAGGGCUGGGCACGUGCUACACACUGCAUAGCUGGCACGCAGAAAACACAAGUACAGGCUGGGAUGCAGGUUCGUAACGUCAGGAGGCUUAAGAAAGCUGAGGAUGCGCGCGAGGAUGCGUGGCCUCGGAUCCGUGCCUGAAUUCCGUCAACGU